CUUGCUCAGGAGACGCCCGUAGGAACUUUGCUCGUUUUCAGCGAACGGGGCAAGAUGCCGGGUCACCGUCAGCCUAAGUCCUUGGUGGUGCUUAGUUUGGGACGCGUGUGCGAGCAACUCGACGGGACGUGCCGGCGCUUGCAGUCGCUCUCGCAACGAUCGACCGCGGCGCAAGCGCUAGCCUUAGCUAAACGCGUGAUCAGGCCGUACUAUGUGAACGCAUUGCCGACUCGCUUGCGCUCCCGUGUGAUCGAGGAGGCCUCGAGGACGCUGUGCCUGCCGCUACCGGACGAGCCUCACGUCGUAUCCGAGCCGGCGAUACUAUUUCUACUGUGCCUCCUUCUCGAUCGUGACAUCAAACGACUGAAGGUCCAGCUCUGUUGCUAUUACGGGUGCAGCUACCAAACGUCGUUGUUGGAGUUACUCGCUUCGGAGGGGACCGGACUGGAGUCGUUGCACCUGUUCCGUUACUCCUUGCUGCGCAUGGACUGCAACUUACUGCGCACGGCAUUGUCGAGCAUGAGGAACCUGACGAUACUGACGCUUCGCAAUAUCGCCAGCGACGCCAUGCUUCGUGUCAUAGGUAAGACCUGUCCGAAGCUCGUGAUCCUCGACGUGGCUUGCUCGAGAGAGGUAACGGACGCCGGGCUGAAGCAGUUGCUCCUGCAAGUGGAGUUCAGAGACAAAGUGUUCGCCGCUGUGCCGGCGCGCACCAACUGGUCGCGACUGAGGAGGCUGCUCGCCAGGUGGAGGAGGAGGACGAGCGACCCGAAAUCGGAGAGGAAGCGAAACAACGUGCUGCUGGAAUAUCACGAGAGUAAGAAUCCGCUGUGCGGCACGCUCAGGGCGCUGAACAUCGCCGAUACCUGUGUCACCGAGGCGGGUGUGUCGCUCGCACUGUUAAAUAUUACACAGCUCGAGUCUUUAGCUGAAUAUAAGUACAUAGGUCACGUGAUGGAGACCGUGGACGUAGGUCGGUCGCCGCUGAGUCUGACCGAGGCGAUCACUUGCGAGACGACGCCCGUGCAGCUGAAGCUUCUGGCGCAAAUGUGCCCACGGAUGACGAAGCUGUCCAUAUCCGAACCCUGGCAUUACCCCGCGGCUCUGCGCGUCUUUCCCCACCUCACCUCCUUGAGUAUGCACAAUAUACUGGCGACGAAGGAGUGGUUGGAGAACCUGUACGGUUAUCUUCGCGCGCACGGCCACAAUUUGCACGAGCUCGGCCUCUGGAUGACGGAGCAGAGGAAGAGCCCUUUGCAGGUGGACCUGAGGGAGAUUCUCAGCAGCUGUCCGAAUCUACAGACACUCGUCAACGACGGGGCGAAGGUCGUGUGGACGGAAGGACAGGAUCCUCCUCCUCCUCCUCUGAAAUAUCUGAGAAAAGUCGAACUCGGACACACGGUGGACGCGUUAACGAUCACGAAAGUGUUCUCGCUAGCCCCGGAACUGACAGCGUUGCAUAUUCACAGUUGUCUCGACCUGACGAACCAGCACUUGGAGAAGCUACUGGAACCGUCCGUCGGGUCCGACGAUGACGAAAAAUUGAACGACCGUCGCGACAGCACAUUGUCGAAUCUGACGUGCUUCUACAUUCACGAGGCGAGCAAAGUGUCAGCGAUCACUGUGCUGAACAUGAUCAACAGCUACAAACGGCUGAGACGGAUCGGCAACUUGGCUAAUUGGGUUUUGGAUUACGAGAGUGUUGCGAUAACUGUCGCGCGUGCAAACUUGAACGUCGACUUGUGUUCCGGUCCGCAUUGGAACUGGGAUAACUGUAUCCAAUGACAUCGCGUUAAGCUUGACUCUUCGACGUCGGAAUAAUCGCGUCCUAAUACCUACAGAUCGUGACACAAUUCAGAUUAGCUUAUACUUCCAUAUCGAUUUCACAUGUAAUGAUUGUAAUCAAUUGUAAAUGUAUUCAACGCGGAACAAUCGAUUUAACGACAGGUAAAGAAGCACAGCCGUGUCUGUUAAAUCGUUUUUUCCCUCCUUUUUCUUUCUACGUGCGAUCAUUGCAUAAUCCACAGACACUUCAACCUUUCGUGCAACCUCUCGGGGCUGUUAUUACUCGCGUUACUUUCGACAAACUAGUUCAAACUUAGCCAAGUUGUCUCGCUGCAUCACAUAUACAUGUUACCGCGACAACGUUAUCACUCAGUUGCACAUAAAUACAAGGUCUUAUACGAGAAGUAUUUUCGCAAAAGAAUUACCUUUUACUUGAAAAAAGAAAUUACUUAGCGAUCUUUAUCGAUUUCCUCUCGGUUUCUGAUAAAUAUUGAUUGAAUAUAUAUUUCAAAAAUUCUUAUGUACUUGACGUAUUUUUUUUUACCUUUGCAAGAUAAGACAUGUCAUCGCGACGAAAUUAUCGGAUCAAUCAGUCACAUAUAAUUGCUCUUCCAAUUUUUUUUUUUAUAAAUAAUAUGUCCUUGAGAA